CUCUCACCCUCCCUCCAGCUCCUCCUUUCUCGCCCCUGCUCCUUCCAGCCUGUAGACAGGCUAGUUCCAGUUCAGUUCAGUUCACUUGUUCUUCUAGUACCCUCUCCUCGUUUCCUGGCCUUUGAAAUUCUCUUCCUUCUUCUUUUCUUCUUUCUUUCUUCUCUUCUUCUCCUCUUCCUCUCUCCAUAUACUCAUUCUAAUCCAACUCAAAAGAGGUCUUUCUCUUCUCUCCCGAACUUUACCCUUUCUCCUUCAUUGUGAUACCCAAGCUCUCUAGCUUUGCGCUAAACAGAGCUCUUGUUUCUUUUCCUUCAAGAUACCCCCCCUUCUCUAAACGAUACCCCUCUUCAGCUCAACGCGCAAACUAAUCUUCGAAGCCACACCAGCUUCUACAACCCUUAGCUAAUCCAUCACUAUCGACUAUAAUUACACCUUUAAUCAAUCUAUCCCCAAAUAUCAUCAUGUCUGAAGUUCAGAAGCCCGUCGAGGAGACUGCUGCGCCUGUCGUUGCUCCUGUCACCGAAGCGCCUGCCGUCCCGGAGGUCGCUGCCACCGAGACUGCCGCUGUCGAGGCCCCCAAGGAGACCCCCGCUGAAGCUGCUGAGGCUACCCCUGCUGCUGCUGCUGAGGAGCCCAAGGCUGAUGCCCCCGCUGAGGAGGUCAAGGAGGAGCCCAAGAAGGAGGAGGUGACCCCCGCUGAGGAGGGUGUCCUUGGUUACAAGGCUCCCGGUCUGGUCAAGGGUCUGCGUUUUGCUAAGCGCUUCUUCUACUUCCACGAUGACGCCGUCGAGGCCAAGCAGCUGUCCGCCUUCCACCAGAACGAGAAGCCUGCUGUCGCCAACCCCAUCGCUGCUUGGGCUAGCCAGACCGGCAAGGGUCUUCUUUUCUUGACCAAGCGCGCCGAGGAUAAGGCUACUCCUGCUGGUAUCUUCAACCUGUCCGAGGUCUCCGAUAUCGCCAAGGAGGGUGCCAGCGAGUUCCACUUCAAGGUCAACGGCCACAAGCACACCUUCCAGGCUGCCAGCAGCGCUGAGCGUGACGGCUGGGUGCUCGCUCUCGAGACCAAGGCUGCCGAGGCCAAGGCUGAGAAGGAGACUAUCGUCGCUAGCGAGGGCUACAAGGCUGAGCUGGAGAAGCUGAACAAGCCUGCUGUUGCUGAGCCUGUCAAGAAGGCUGCCGAGCCCAAGGAGGAGGCUGCUCCUGCUGAGGAGCCCAACCACGAGAAGGCUACCGCCAAGAGCCGCUCCCAGUCUCGCAAGCGCGCUAGCAUCUUCGGAACCCUCUUGGGCAAGAAGGAGGAGACCGAGGAGAAGAAGGAGGAGCAGAAGGAAGAGAAGUCUGAGGAGGCCAAGGCCGCCGAGCCCGCCGCCGAGACCCCCGCUGAGGCCCCUGUCGAGACCACUGAGGCGGCCCCUGCUGCUGCCGUGGAGGAAGCUGAGGCCCCCGCCCCCGCCACCCCCGCUCCUGCUGAGACCAGUGACAAGAAGGAGGAGGAGGAGAAGAAGGCCGAGGCUCCUGUUGCCCAGAGGUCCAAGCGCGCUUCUCUUUUCGGCAACUUCUUCCAGAAGGUCACCAGCCCCUCUCACGAGAAGUCGGAGAAGGAGGCUGCCGCUCCCGCUCCCAUUGAGACCCCCGUUGCCAGCAGUGCUCCUCAGCUCGAAAACCCUGUCGAGGAGGCCAACGUCAAGCCCAUUGAGCCCGAGACUGUGACUGCUGCUGCUGACGCCCAAGCUGCCAAGGACGCCACUCCUGCCGUCUCUCCUGCUGCUGCUGAGACCCCCAAGAACAGCCGCCGCACUUCCUUCUUCGGUAACUUCGGCAAGAAGAAGGGCGACUCCGACAACGAGGGCGCCGACGGCGAGGCCAAGCCUAAGGGUAACAAGCUGGGCGGUAUCUUCCGUAAGCCUAGCAAAGCUGUGAAGACUGAGGUCAAGGAGACCAAGGAGGCCACCGAGGCUGCUCCUAAGGAGGCUCCCGUCCAGGAGUCCCCCGCUGAGGAGAGUGCCCAGCCUGCUGAGGCUCCUGCUGCCACCGAGGAGGUCGCCCCUGUCAACAACGUCCCUGCCUCCACCCCUGUCCAGGCUGCCGCCUAAAUGGUCGGUGUCCUGGUCAGAGACAGGUGACCUGUCUGCAAUUUGGCGAUCCGAACUCUCUCGAAUCCAACAAAAAAAAUAAAUCUGCUACUUUGGCUUGACGUUGAUACUACCCACUUGACUCCUUCAUGGGCCUCUCUCGUCGAGCGAUUGGCGAAAUGAUCCGUGUCGAGUGUCAAUGAUACCCUGUACUGCUUUGGCGGUUAUUUCCGAGCCUUGAUGUCCCUUCAGACGUCUUGUGCUGCGUUUCAUUCGUUUAUGAUAUCCGUUCCGCAAGAAUCCACAUUGGGCCUUGCGUGAUCAUGUUGUGCGCCGUCCAAACUAGAUUGAUACCACUUGCUGCUGUUUUUUUUUUUCUUUUUCUGUGCUUCCUCGC